CCAGUUUCACUCUCUCUUAUAUUUCCCUUUUUAGUCUCAUUCACUUUCAGCCUUUUUCUUGAUCUUGACAUUAACAACUAGAAAAUGGAGGGUGAGAGUUUGUCUGAUCAUUUCUUUGAGGAUUCUGAAUUUGACAUCUUUAGUAUUUUAGAGGCUUUAGAUGGAGGCGGUGCGUCGGAGUUUAACAUGAGUAACACCACAACAACAACGACGACGACGACAACUUCGGAUGAAAUUAAUGGUUUAGUUUCAAAAGAAGAAGAGAAGAAAAGGAAGUUGGUUUCUCAGAAAUCAACAGGUUCGAGUGCAACUUUACAAGAAAACUCAGAAACUGAAGCAGACGGUGGUGCUACACCAAAUAGCAAUAAGAGACAAAGAGUAGCAACAGUAAUUGGUGGGGUAGAGGAGGGAAAUAACCAAAUGGAAACAAAGAUUUCUCACAUAACAGUUGAAAGAAACCGCAGAAAGCAAAUGAAUGAACAUUUGUCUGUUCUUCGCUCUUUGAUGCCUUGUUUUUAUGCUAAACGAGGUGAUCAAGCAUCAAUAAUUGGUGGGGUAGUGGAUUACAUAAACGAGCUGCAGCAAGUUUUACAAUCAUUAGAAGCCAAGAAACAGCGCAAAGUUUACAGUGAAGUUCUAAGUCCAAGACUAGUAAUUCCAAGUCCAAGAGUAUUACCUUCACCACUUAGUCCAAGAAAACCACCACUUAGCCCCAAAAUUAACUUACCAAUUAGCCCAAGAACCCCACAACCAACCAGCCCUUAUAAACCUAAUAAUAAUAAUAAUAAUAAUAAUAACAACAGGUUACAGCAACCAACAAUAUCUGCUACUCCACUUGAACCAUCUCCUACUUCUUCUUCAACUAAUUCCUCCAUUGACAGUGUCAAUGAACUUGCUGCUAAUUCAAAAUCAGCAAUUGCUGAUGUAGAGGUGAAAUUCUCAGGCGCUAAUGUUAUACUGAAGACGGUUUCGCCGCGAAUUCCUGGCCAAGCUGUGAAGAUUAUUGCUGCUUUAGAAGAACUCGCACUGGAAAUACUACAUGUUAGUAUCAGUACUAUUGAUGGAACCAUGCUCAACUCUUUCACUAUUAAGAUCGGAAUUGAAUGCCAACUAAGUGCUGAGGAACUGGCUCAUCAGAUUCAGCAGACAUUCUGCUAAGCCCAGUACUCAAU